AAGAAGAUAUGUCCAUGUCCACCAUCAUCAUUUCAGACGGGCACUUUGCUCUUUCAAACUUGCCUAUUAUCCCUUAAUACACUCUGCUUACAGCCCAUCUCUCUCUCUUGCCAACUCACUCUCCCUCUCCCACACACACCCUUUUCAUGCAUUUGCAAUUAAUGCACCAUCCUCCACCCCCAACAACAAUCUUUCUGCUCCACUGCUUUCUUUCUUCCCCCAAACAUACUUCUGAUAAUAAUUUAAAGAAAUACAGUUGGUUGCUCACAUUUCUUGUUAUAUGUAUGUAAAUUCAGAGGCCGAAACUUGAAUCUGCCCAUGAAGAACAAGCUGGCUUCGUUAUCAGUUCACGUCUUCGUCAGCGAAUUUGACAUUUGACUGAGAGAAAGGGAGCCUAGUUUCUACAUUUAGUCUUAAAGUGCCCUGCUUUGCGGUGCUAAACUUUCAACUAUCUUUUGCUUGGUUCACAUACUAUCUGAUCUGUGAUUGUCUCUGAAAUUUGUUUAUACCGAGAAGAAGAAGCUUUCUUUUUAUUUAAUCCAGAUGGUCGUUUUCUGGGUCUGAGAAAAUGGGGGGUUGUGUCUCGGUUAGUAGUCGGAGUACUUGCAGUAGCAGGAGUAAUGGAGAGAGAAUAUCUCCAUCAUGUUUGUGGAUAGAUAUGUUCCGGCGCAAGAGAAGUAGGAGAACAUUUUCUGACCAUGUCACUACUUUGCAACAUCUAUCCUCGAUUCCGAGUCGGAUAUUCACCAAUGGAAGGAGCAGCAGUGCUUGCAUAUUUACUCAGCAGGGUCGUAAAGGGAUAAACCAGGAUGCCAUGAUUGUGUGGGAAGAUUUUAUGGCAGAAGAUGUUACAUUUUGUGGUGUCUUUGAUGGCCAUGGUCCCUAUGGACAUCUAGUUGCCCGCAAAGUUCGGGAUACACUGCCGUUAAAGUUAUCCUCUUUCUUUGACUCCUUUGGAUCGAAGCAAAAUGGAUCUGGCGCUAAUUGCUGUAAUGGAAAUAUGAAAUCGGAUGUGGCAGAUCCUGUAAAGGAAACCUCUACAGAGGAUAGAGUGGAGUCGUUGUGGAGAGAAGCUUUUCUCAAAUCAUACAAGGCCAUGGACAAAGAAUUGAGGUCUCAUCCUAAUUUAGAUUGCUUCUGCAGUGGGAGCACUGCUGUGACCGUGAUAAAACAGGGUUCAAAUCUUUUCAUGGGCAACAUUGGUGAUUCAAGAGCAAUAUUGGGAUCUAAAGAUAGCAACGAUUCAAUGGUGGCAAUCCAACUGACAGUUGAUCUAAAGCCUGAUCUUCCCAGGGAGGCAGAAAGGAUAAAACGGUGUAAGGGUCGAGUAUUUGCUUUACAAGACGAGCCGGAAGUGCAAAGAGUUUGGCUGCCAUUUGAUGAUGCCCCUGGAUUAGCAAUGGCUCGAGCAUUUGGGGAUUUUUGUUUGAAGGAAUAUGGAGUGAUCUCCAUUCCUGAGUUCUCUCAUCGGGUUCUCAGCGACCAAGAUAAAUUCGUUGUUCUUGCUUCAGACGGGGUUUGGGAUGUGCUAAGCAACGAAGAGGUGGUCGAGAUAGUGUCGUCGGCUCCAACAAGAUCGUCGGCUGCUAGGAUUCUGGUUGAGUCUGCUGCUCGUGAAUGGAAAGCCAAGUACCCCACCUCAAAGAUGGAUGACUGCGCAGUCGUUUGCUUAUUCUUGGAUGGGAAGAUGGACUCUGAGUCUGAUUAUGAGGAACAAGGCUUCUCUUCCGCGACCCUCCAGAGCAACCAUUCUGGCAAUGUUGUGGAAUCAGACGAUGGCCAGAAUUCUGAGCCCUGUCUACAGAGAAACUUCACUGUCAGAUCAUCCGAGGAAAACGAUCAGUACCGUAGGGUACCGAUUGAUGCCGAUGUGGAAGACGCAGAAAAUGGUGGGACUGAAGAUCAGAACUGGUCAGGCUUGGAAGGUGUGACAAGAGUGAACUCUUUGGUUCAGCUUCCCAGAUUCUCUGAAGAAAGGCCGAGGCCUUGAUUGUCUUCGUUGUAAUAUUACUGCGCUCUGUGUAUCAGGAAUCCAAGAAAAUUGAAGUCCUUUCCGAAUUUGAUCGAUUCUUGUUCCUAUUGCCUUUGUGAAUUGCUGUCAGUUUAAAUUCCAUUACUUUUAGUAGAUUUUUGCGAUACUC